CGCCGCAUCAGACUCCGUCUCAUCGACAAGUUGUCACCCACAAACCCAACCACGACCGUCGUUGCAUGUUCCCAUGUCUUUGAGAUAUCAGUACCCAAAGGACAACUUUAACUCGGACACGGCCGACUGACAUCGACUUUAUGGAUCGGUAUCCGGACGUACGAAUCGAGAACAUAGUUUACGACCCCUCACAUCAUCACAAACACACUACAUCAUUGCCAACACCUCUUCCAUCACCAGCCUUUGGCACCGAGUUUGAGCCUCAUCGUCGACACUCGCACUCACAUUCCCACCGGGGACACCUUGCUCCUCCGUCUCCUACAUCUCCAGCAUUUUCAGAAACCUUCUUAUCUGGUACCAAAAACAACGACAAGAUGUGCGUCAAGGAUAUCACCUACGACGCCUCCGCUCGGGUUGUCAACGAGACUGUUUUUGCCUGCAGGCCCGACGGAUUGUGCGCUGUUCCUGAGAUCAGGAAGCACUAUCCGUCAAGCAGAAGCGAGCCCAGGUACGGCGGAUACCUGCCUUCGCAUCUGCCGCCCACACCUCGCGAAUCCAAGGAGCCUUCGCCCAUAGGCAAGCGGGACUCUGGUUACCUCCAUGGAACUCGAGUCACCGACCCUGCGCGCUCCACCAAACACAACGACGACUACCCGAAUUACAAGUAUAGCAGCAGCCCAACUGACAGCAAGCACAAGUCGGAUGUUUACACGCGUCCCUCCGUCGUGCUCACGCAGACCCUCGGCGUCCCUCAUGAGGACAAGACUCGUCGGCGCUCCCCCCACGAUCGCGAACCCAGCCCUAAGCGCAGCCCUAGUAUUCCCUACCGUGAGCACUCCAAGAGCGACCGCGGCUACGAUGUUAUUGUGAGCAACCCCACUGACGAGGACCGUCGACGUCGUCGUGCUCACAAGCCGUCUGAUGCCGUUUCCACCACGGCCACUACCGGCAUCCCUACCUCCUCUCGCCCUCCCCUCUCCAGCCACAACCCCGGCCGCUACGGAUCCAGCCCCAACGGCCCCAGCGGCAUGGAGUCACUCCGCCGGAGGAACAGCGUAUCUUCUCGUAACGAUGAUGCCGGCCGUACACCUCGCCCAAGAACCGUUUCGGGCGGAUCUCGGUCUCGCGCCUCGUCCGUCGGCGUCCGCUUUGCUGAUGAAGUCGAGUCCAAGAUCAAGCAGCAGAACGCCGAGAUCGCCAGCCGCUCCAACAAGCCGACCACAGAGCAGGGCACCAACCAGCCUGAGCUCAAGGGCAUUCUCAAGAAGCCUGCUGGUGCCCGCGAGGAGAGCAAGGACCGUAGCAAGGAACGCAACAACAAGGGAAAGGGAGCAGAGGUGGACAUGACUGUCGAGGAGUUGAGGAGGUCAGUAGAGAGCUUGGGGCUCAGGGGAUCCCCCACUCGGGACAGGGAGAGGGAGAGCAACGUCUCUUCGUCUCUCACCGGGACUGCAGUGGAAGGCAUCGAUUACGAUCGGUUGAGGAGCAGGUUUGAGAGGGAUAAUGGUGGAAGCACUGCACGGCACGGAAGGGAGAGGGGUCCCAAGGUGUGGGAAGGGGACCGCUACAGCUAUUAUCAUUGAGUGGUCAUGGAGGAGCUUGGUAGAAGCUAGGGAAGAGCAUCCACGAUGAACGGAAAUAUGGAAAUCGACAAAACAUAAUCUUCGACGGCGCGAUCGAAAGGUCGUGCCAGUGUAUCAUUCGGAAGAUUUCACAUUGUGGGCUUUACACCGCGAUUCAGUCUUGGUUUUUUCUUACAACGAUCAUACUUUACUUGGAAUUUUUUUCUUUUGUCAGCGAUACCUUACGAUAGUUAACAUACAUGACCUUUGCUCAUAUACACCAAUUUGUU